AUGAAACAGGUGUUUAAUGUUACGCCAGACUCUGACGAUGACUCGGUCAGCGUCACAGGUGACGACCAUCACAUCAAACAUCACUACCUGUUGAGUUGGUUGUCCAUUGUCGGUCCGCUGGUGGGCAUCAAGGUUCCAAAGGAGUUGAUGACUGGAUAG